AUGGCGCUAAUCGAACGCGGAAUAACAUGUCUAACUGUACCCUUACCUGCCAGAACGCCCAUCAUUCCCGAGCACGAACAUGGCCUGGGAUCGUCUGGCCUUCGCCGCAUCCGCCAACACCCCGCCCGCACUCCCGUUGGCGCCCGCACACCGGGCUCCACUACCCGCUCCUCCUCCAUGACCCUCUCCUUCCCCCCGCCGCGGGAUCAGUUUGCCCACGACCCCGGCCACGCCUCCCUAGCGCUCCACUUCAGCGAAGACCUCAACCGCUUCCCCUCCGAGUCCCUCCACUCCUUCUCCUUCGCGCAGCAGUCCGAGGAACUGCUGCAUAACCGCCAGAAUGUCCUGCGCCGCUCUAUCGACUUCAUGGGCGCAAAGAUGGGCUGGGCGGCAUCGAAUCAGGGCCUUGCGAACGCGCAGGCCCGGAUGAGUGGGGAUCAGGAGGUACAGAGUAUGAUGGAGCUGUUGGCCCGAGCGAAUUUGAUCGAGGCGCAAGGGUUGGGGCUACAAGGGCCAUUGACGGGGCCGGCGGAUGUGAGCGGGGAGAAUAUCUUUGAGAAAAGCUUUGGUAUGCAGACGGAGAGCCCCACAUCGUCGCUUGACGGACAUCCGGAAUUGCAGAAGUUGGAGCCGUGGGACGGGGCUUCGGGGGCAUUGAACGAUCCCCAACCGAUUCGGAUGAGCGCCGUGAGCAAUGUAAUUCUGGAGGAAGACGAGCGAUCUAUAUCCUCGUCCGCGCCGAAGGCCUCUCCGCCAAAUAUGGAACAGCACAAGGUCUCGAAAUUCAACCCACCCCGGGCUUCCCUCAAACGAACCCUCACCGAUGUCGGCCCCCUCGAACUCCAAUCCCGCCUCGCCGACGCCCUCGCCCAGCCAUACAACGUCAACGAGCCACCCGGUACGCACCCCCAAUCCGUCCACCCCCCCUCGCGCACCGCCGCCGCCGUCUCCACCGCCAACCUCCAAGCUCUCGGCUCCUUUGCCGGAUCGCACGGCGCCACCGCCGCCACCGCCCCCCACGGCCACGGAACGCGCUUCCGCGCCGCCGCCCAAGCCAUCUUCACCACCGAGUCCGCGAGCCCCUGGACCAUCACUGCGGCGAACGACCUUGCAUGUCUCGUUUUCGGCGUGACGCGGGCCGAGGUGCGGAAGCUUGGGAUCCUCGAGGUCGUUAAAGAGGAGCGUCGGGAUUGGCUUCGUGGGAAGUUGAUGGCGGAGCUGGAAGAUCCGGGUCAGGACUCGGCGUCAAGUCGGGGUGCGAGUCCGCCUGGGAAUGGAGGGAAUGGAGGGAAUGGAUCAGGGCAGGAAAGCCCGGCGAGCGGGCUGCUCUCUUCACUUGGUAGCGGGGUCACUGCGAAAUUGUUGUCGAAACCACCGAGUCGAUACUCGAAUAAACGACGCAGCAACAAUGGGAAGGACUCGUCUACACCAGAACUAGUACCGAAGCCGCAAGAGGAGAAUCCGCCGUUGCAUGGUCGCCAUUCGAAGGAGAAUAGCAGAGGGGUGCUGUUGUGCGGUGACGUCGUACCGAUCGUCAAGCGGAAUGGUGCCGUCGGGUCCGCGAGCUUGUGGGUGAAAGAGAAGCGUGGCAGCCUGAUUUGGGUGCUAGAAGAGAUCGCCGAAGACGCCGCCUUUGUCGCCGUGGACGAAACGGGAUGCGUUGUACGCGCCUGGGGCGACGUCCUCAAAAUCUGGGGCGUCGAACGCAUUCGGCGCGGACAGGACCUAUUGCGGUUGGUGAAGGGCGUUCCGCGAUUAAAGGGAACGAACACAGGGGCGUUGGAUCUGGAGCAAAUUGAACGGUGGCCAUACUUCACGGCGAAGAUGACCACAGGCAUUCACAUUCCCAUCACCAUGGAGCCGGUUUCCGCGGAGUCAGCGGUUCAGAUAUUCACUUCACCUGCAGACUUGCCAGAUGCGACGGCCACUUCACGGCCACAAACUCCCCUCACUCCUCAACUCGGUCCCUACGACACGCUCUUCCGCAUCUCAUCAUUCCCGCAUAUCGCCGGCAUCGUAGUGCUCUCGUCAGAAGACCUGACAGUAUCAUCGGCCAAUUCGGUCUUCUCAUCAGCCUUGUUCGGCCAGCCUUCGCCCACCGGGUUGCCGAUCGACGAGCUCAUUCCCGGGUUUAGCCGUCUCCUCGAGGUCAUCGAAGAAGAGGAGCCCGUCGAAUUGACGGACGGCAUCGUGGUCCCCGAGCAUAGCUUCCGACGCGCUCGAGCACUCCGCUCUUUACGAGAUCACCUUGGCCCAAGCGCAGCAUCACUCGCCGAGGACUCGUGGAAUCGACCGCACGGAUUGAAAGCCAAACACCGCGUUGGGACAGACAUCAUGGUCGACUGCCAAAUGCGCGUCGUGAGCUCGUCUCCGAAAGAGAGUCGCUCGCCACAUCCCUCACACAGCUCCCACGUCAGCGACGUCGUCGUCGAUGAAUCCGACCCGAACAUCCAACCGCCCGACACAAACUCCCAGCUCGUCUACGCACUCUGGAUCACCUACUCCCGCCAACUCCACGCCGCAAGCCAUGGCGAAGGUCCCCUCACCCCACUAGUCUCCCGUCCAGGCACUCCACCCCACCAGCCCAGCCCUGGUCAAAAGGGGGUCGUCGUACUCAAGCACGAAGACAGCGGAAGCGAGCGCGCCUCCUCCGACUUUCCACGCGAGGAAUCGCCUCGACUCCCACACGAGCGCGUUCCCGACUCUCUCAAUCACGACAUCUCUCCCGCGAAAUCCCUCCUCACCCAACAACUCCGCUCGACCGCCAGCCCCCCCGUCACCAGCGACGUGCAUGCCACCGCUGAAGUCACCAACGCCCGCGAUCACCCGUCCCUCGACGCCACGGCGCGGAACCACAUCGUGCCCCCCACCGACCCCACCCCCUCGAAGCCCAAGAAGUCCAUCGAGGAAUUCGCCGUCCUGGAGGACAUGGGCCAAGGCGCCUACGGACAGGUGAAACUCUGCCGCUUCAAGCGCACUAACUCCAAAGUAGUCGUGAAGUACGUUACGAAGCGGCGGAUCCUCGUGGACACGUGGACGCGUGACCGUCGCCUCGGCACCGUCCCGCUCGAGAUCCACGUGUUGGACUACCUCCGGCGCGACGGGCUGCGGCACGCGAACAUCGUGGAGAUGUCCGACUUCUUCGAGGACGACGUGAACUACUACAUUUGCAUGGUUCCGCACGGGCUGCCCGGGAUGGACCUGUUCGACUACAUCGAGCUGCGGGUGAACAUGGAGGAGGCGGAGUGUCGGAAGAUCUUCGUGCAGGUGGCCAGCGCGGUGCAUCAUCUGCAUACGAAGGCGAAGGUGGUGCAUCGCGACAUCAAGGAUGAGAACGUCAUCUUGGAUGGGGAAGGGAAUAUCAAGUUGAUCGAUUUCGGGAGCGCGGCGUAUCUCAAGAACGGGCCGUUUGAUGUGUUUGUCGGGACGAUUGACUACGCCGCCCCCGAAGUCCUCGCCGGCCGCUCCUACCGCGGCAAAGAGCAGGAUGUGUGGGCGCUCGGCAUCCUGCUGUACACGAUCAUCUACAAGGAGAACCCGUUCUACUCCAUCGACGAGAUCAUGGACCACGACCUGCGCGUGCCGUACGUCAUGUCGGACGAGAGCAUCGACCUGGUGCGGCGCAUGCUGGACCGCGACGUAGAGCAGCGGGUGACGAUCGGGCAGGUGAUGGAGAGUGGGUGGUGUCGGGAGGCGGAGGGGGGAGAGGAAGGGAAGUGGACGUGA